AUGGCUGCAGCAGAACUGAUGAAGUUCUACUUUAUGGAGAGCAGAAGAGAGGCAUCAUAUAUUGCUGUGACGAGUGCCCUAAAAGCCCAUACAACAUUUGCCCUCUCGCCAGAGGAGCAGCGCUGUCAAGCAGAAACCAGCAGAAAGAAAAGACACAAAAAUACUCUCAUUUGCUUUGGCAUUUCUAGCUUUUCAUUUUUUAUAGCACUGGCAAUUAUCUUGGGAAUAUCUUCAAAAUAUGCACCAGAUGAGAAUUGUCCAGAUCAGAACCCUCGGCUUCAGAAUUGGAACCCUGGACAAGAUCCUGGAAAGAGAGUUAUCAUCAAAAAUGGGGAUUUGUUUCGUCUGAAUUUGGAUGCUACAGUGCACUCUAUAGUCAUACAGGAUGGAGGAUUGCUUGUCUUUGGUGAUGAUAAAGAUGGAUCCAGACAUAUCACUUUGAGAACUCGCUUUAUCCUGAUAAAGGAUGGUGGAGCGCUUCAUAUUGGAGCACAGAACUGUCGCUAUAAAUCGAAAGCAACUAUAAUCUUGUAUGGCAAAUCAGAUGAAGGUGAUCAUGUGCCAACAUUUGGCAAAAAGUUUAUUGGUGUUGGCUCUGAUGGAACACUGGAAUUGCAUGGGACUCAGAAGUUAUCAUGGACUUUGCUAUCAAAGACUAUGUAUUCCUCAGGGCUGGCCUCUGGUUCUUAUGCAUUUGAAAGGAAUUUUUCCCGAGGGCUAAAUGUGAGAGUGAUUGACCAGGACACAGCACAAGUUUUGGUUGUUGAUAAGUUUGAUACCCAUGAAUAUCAAAACGAAAGCAGGAGACUUCAGGAUUUUUUAAAAGGUCAGGAUCCUGGCCGCAUUGUUGCUAUUGCUGUGGGAGAUUCAGCUGCUAAAAAUCUCCUGGACGAAACCAGAUUCACUAUUCAAAAUCUUCUGGGAAGUAAGCUUGUCAAAGGAUUGAGUUACAGGCAAGCCUGGGCUUUAGUUGGUGUUAUAGGUGGUGGAAAUUCUUCCUGUAAUGAAUCUGUGAGAGACUAUGAAAAUCACAGCACUGGGGGAAAAGCUCUUGCUCAAAGAGAAUUUUUCACAGUGGAUGGUCAGAAGUUUGCUGUGAGAGCUUUUAGUGAAUGGAAUGAAGGUGUCCCACGUUCAGGUUUCCAGGUAGAGGCUAUAGAUGGAGUGAUACUAGAUCUGUUGGAGGAUGUUAGUAAGUGGGAGCCUGAAGACCAGAUUGUAGUUGCAAGCACCGACUAUUCAAUGUACCAAGCAGAGGAAUUCACUCUCCUUCCCUGUCCAGAGUGUAGCAGAUAUCAGGUCAAAGUCAAAGAAAAUCCCCAGUUCCUUCAUAUGGGAGAUGUCAUUGAUGGAGUGGACAUGAGGGCAGAGGUUGGAGUUCUCACUAGGAAUAUCCUAAUCAAGGGAGAGACAGAAAAGUCCUGCUAUGCUGGCAAUCAGUGUCAAUACUUCAAUUACGAUACAUUCGGUGGACAAAUCAAGAUUUUGAAGAAUUUCACAUCUGUUCAUCUCUCCCAUGUGGAACUGAGACAAAUGGGCCAGCAACUAAUAGGAAGUUACCCUGUUCACUUCCACCGCUGUGGGGAUGUGGAUGAGAAAGGAGGUUAUAGCUUCAGGACUUAUCUGGAAGGCCUUUCCAUUCAUCAUUGUUUCUCCAGAUGUGUGACAAUUCAUGCAACUAAUGGCUUGUUGAUAAAGGACAGCAUUGGUUAUGACACACUAGGCCACUGUUUCUUCAUAGAGGAUGGCAUUGAACAGAGGAAUAUUCUGUUCCACAACCUUGGACUAGUCACCAAACCAGGCACUCUUCUUCCCACAGACAGGAAUAGCACCAUGUGUAUGGCCAUUAAGGAUAAAGUGUAUGGAAAUUAUGUUCCAGUGCCAGCCACAGACUGCAUGGCUGUUUCAACAUUCUGGAUUGCUCAUCCCAACAAUCAUCUUAUAAAUAAUGCAGCGGCAGGCUCACAGGAUGCUGGAAUAUGGUAUUUGUUCCACAAGAAUUCAACAGGAGAUUCUCAUGGUUUAUACCCUGAAACCAAAGCAGAGCUUACACCAUUAGGCAUCUUCUAUAACAACAGAGUUCAUUCUAAUUUUAAGGCUGGCUUAUUUAUUGAUAAAGGUGUAAAAACCACCAAUGCUAGUGCUGAGGAUCCAAGGGAAUAUCUUUGUCUGGACAACAAUGCGAGGUUUCGACCUCAUCAAGAUGCUGACCCUGAGAAACCCCGAGUUGCUGCUCUGAUUGACAGACUAAUUGCUUUUAAAAACAAUGAUCAUGGGUCUUGGGUCAGAGGAGGGGACAUCAUCAUUCGGAACUCUGGUGACGGAAGCUUCCCAAAAGAUGAAGCCUCCAGCCAGGAAAUAUCAGAAUCUUUGUUUGUUGGCGAGAGCAGGAAUUAUGGCUUUCACGGUGGCCAAAACAAAUACUCAGGAACUGGAGGAAUAGACAACAAAAAUCGCACUCUGCCUAGAAAUCGGACAUUUCCAAUCAGAGGUUUUCAGAUUUAUGAUGGACCCAUUCAUCUUACCAAAUGCACAUUCAAAAACUUUGUGCCGACUGUUGAUAGAUACAUCAGUGCAAUUGGAUUCCUAUUGAAAAACCCUUGGCAGUUGACACCUAAAAACAACAUUUCUCUCAUUAAGUUUGAUACAAAUGUUUCUCUGAAAGUCUUCUUUGGUAAACCUGGUCCCUGGUUUGAAGACAGUGAGCUGGAUGGUGACAAGAACUCAAUAUUCCAUGAUGUAGAUGGUUCUGUGACUGAAUACAAGGACACUUGCGUUGGUAGAAUGGAUAAUUUCCUGAUCCGACAUCCAAAAUGCAUUAAUGUUACACAGUGGAAUGGUGUGGUUUGCAGUGGGACCUAUGCACAGUUCUACAUCCAGACAAGGAACCCACAGAACCUUACUAUGACCAUAGUACGAGACGAAUACCCAUUCAGCCCUAUGGCACUCCGAGGUAUUUACCAGCGAGCUGACUUUCAACAGUACCAGCCUGUAAUAAUGCUUCAGAAGGGCUAUACGAUACAUUGGAAUGGACAAGCUCCCCAAAGCACUUCUCUUUAUCUCAUUAACUUUAACAGGAAUGACUGGAUUCGGGUUGGACUCUGUUAUCCAUCAAGCACAAUUUUUCAAGUAACAUUUGAUGUCGUUCAAAAGCAGACAUCUGCUUUCUAUAGUGUGGAGGACUAUACAUCAGUAACUUCGAUGAUGGAGCUGCAGAAAAAUCGAUCAGAGAAGAAGUUUUAUUUUGACAACAGCACUGGAUUGCUGUUUUUAUAUCUUCAAGCCAAAUACAAUAGGGAUGGUCACAGUUAUUGUUCAGCUCAGGGAUGUGAAAGGGUCAAGAUUCAGGCCACUGUUCCAUCAAAAGAGAUCAGUAACUGCAUGACAAAAGCUUAUCCAAAGUACUACCAAGCACCAACUGUUCUACAGCCAAUGCCAGCCAAAACUACUGCACAGUGUAAAAAUUGUGGCACAACUCAGAUGGCAUUUACCAGUGAUCCUCACAAAACCUACCUCCUUGUGCAGAUUCAGUCACUCAGCAAAGUAGAAUUACAAAGUAGUCUUCCAUCUUUUAUCUCUGUCAAUGGAAAUAAGUUUCCCUUCAAAGAUGUGGGUGUAUUUACCCUAGUAGUUGAUGCCUGUGUUGGCACUGUGACAGAAAAAAAAUUUUUUUUUCUUCAAGCAAACAUUAAAAGCAUAGACGAAUAUUUAAAAACUGGAAUUCCACAAAGGUCAAUAGUUUUACUAAGCACAAGCGGUGAUAUAAGAAACCUUAAUAUUUCGGAAGCCUUAAUGUCCCUGGGAACAGCCAAACCAGCUCAUCUUCAAAACAAGGGGAGCAUAGCCUUUCUUGGCUUCAGAGGAAACUUUAAACCUUCCUGGGCUAAGCUAUUUACCAGUCCUGCUGGGCAGGGCCUAGGUCAGAUAGAAAAGUUUAUACCUUUACAAAUGGAAGAGUAUGGCUGCACCAGAGUGAGCUCUAGCAAACGGAAAGACAUGGAACUUUUAAAGCAAGCUUCAAGAGCACAUUAG